GUGCUGGGAAGUAUAGGCUGUGUUGUCACGCCGGUGUCAGUCUGAUGAAGAUUGGCAUCAGGUUGAAACUGGAGUGGGAUCCUGAGGCCGACCUCCAUGCCGCUCACCAGCAAAGGGACUGUGAACUGUGCGCUGGUUCUGGUCAACAGGAAGGAUUGCUGGCCCAGCUGGAAGUGAGGAGAGGGCUGAGUGCCCUAAGGGCCAUCCUAGAGGCCACCGGGAUCACCGAACAGUCCCCCAUGUGAAUCCAUCCCAUGAUGCAACAUGCCUCCCCAGCCCCCGCUCUGACGAUGAUGGCCACGCAGAAUGUCCCGCCCCCAGCCUACCAGGACAGCCCACAGAUGACGGCGACCGCUCAAGCCCCCUCUAAGGCCCAGGCUGUCCACAUCUCCACGCCCUCGGCUGCUGCCAGCACGCCCGUGCCCACCGCCCCCAUUGACCCCCAGGCCCAGCUGGAGGCCGACAAGCGCGCUGUGUACAGGCAUCCUCUCUUCCCGCUCCUGACGCUGCUGUUUGAGAAAUGUGAACAGGCCACCCAGGGCUCUGAGUGCAUCACGUCCGCCAGCUUCGACGUGGACAUCGAGAACUUUGUCCACCAGCAGGAGCAGGAACACAAGCCCUUCUUCAGCGAUGACCCGGAACUGGACAAUCUGAUGGUGAAGGCGAUCCAGGUGCUAAGAAUCCACCUGCUGGAGCUGGAGAAAGUCAAUGAACUCUGCAAGGACUUUUGUAACCGGUACAUCACCUGCCUCAAAACCAAGAUGCACAGUGAUAAUCUGCUCAGGAACGACCUCGGGGGGCCCUACUCCCCCAACCAGCCCUCCAUAAACCUUCACUCACAGGACCUCCUGCAGAAUUCCCCCAAUUCCAUGUCUGGAGUCUCCAAUAACCCCCAGGGGAUUGUGGUCCCAGCCUCAGCGCUCCAGCAGGGCAACAUCGCCAUGACAACCGUCAACUCACAAGUGGUGUCAGGUGGAGCCUUAUACCAGCCGGUUACCAUGGUAACCUCCCAGGGUCAGGUGGUCACCCAGGCAAUCCCCCAGGGAGCCAUCCAGAUCCAGAACACACAGGUUAACCUUGACCUCACCUCCCUCCUGGACAAUGAGGAUAAGAAGUCCAAGAACAAACGAGGAGUCUUGCCCAAGCAUGCCACCAAUAUAAUGCGUUCUUGGCUCUUCCAGCAUCUCAUGCACCCCUACCCCACGGAGGAUGAGAAGAGGCAGAUCGCAGCCCAGACAAACCUCACCCUCUUGCAAGUGAAUAACUGGUUCAUCAAUGCCCGAAGACGCAUCCUGCAGCCUAUGCUUGAUGCCAGCAACCCCGACCCUGCCCCCAAAGCCAAGAAAAUCAAGUCGCAGCACCGGCCCACCCAAAGAUUUUGGCCCAACUCCAUUGCCGCAGGGGUGCUGCAGCAGCAGGGCGGUGCCCCAGGGACAAACCCCGAUGGGUCCAUCAACCUGGACAACCUGCAGUCCUUAUCCUCCGACAACGCCACCAUGGCCAUGCAACAGGCUAUGAUGGCGGCACAUGACGAUUCACUGGACGGGACGGAAGAAGAGGAGGAGGAUGAGAUGGAAGAGGAGGAGGAAGAGGAACUGGAGGAGGAGGCGGACGAGCUGCAGACAACGAAUGUCAGCGACCUGGGCUUGGAACACAGUGACUCCCUGGAGUAGCCGAGCCGCCCAGAUGGCACUGGUCACCGAGAGGGAGAGGAGCGUCAUCAGGAGGGCUUCGGGGUGGAGGGGAAGGGGACGGGGCAGGCAGCACAGAGGAAGUUGGGCCCUGGCUUCCCAGAAUCAGUAGCUGGAGGAAAUGCACAGGAAACACCCGCUCCUUCCCAACCACCAAGCUUCACCGAGAACCCCGGCCCCACUUCCCUAGGACUGCAGAGGACUUGGCGUGGCAGGGCCGGUCGAGCAGCCUGGACGGAGAGGCAGGAGUGAGAUCUGGACUCACCGCAUCCCUGAGGACAGAGGGCACCCACGGCGCACCCCCCCCCCCCCCCACUGAAGGACCUGAGUCAUUUUCAAGCCCCCCGCUGGGACAUGGGUCAGUGCUGUUCUUGGAGUGAGCCUCUGCCAGGGAACCGAGUCAGGAGGAAAGAGACAAAGUGGGUCUGGGCUCCACCCCCACAGGGUCCUCAGCUCUUUGAGAGACAUUCAAGGGCAGGAGGGAACCGGAAUGCAUGACCCACGGCUGGAGCGAGAGGGGGCCAAGGCGUUACACCCUGUAGGAUAAGAUGGGACCUGGACCCUCCAGGGCUCCCCUCGGUCCUCCAAGGCCCACGGACUUGGUAGGGGGGACGAGAGCCAUUAGAGUCUUCUCUCUCUCUCUCUCUGUCUCCUGGAAAUCAGUGGUAAGCUGGUGAGCUCAAAUUGUAGGAGGUUAAAUGGAGGCCCUUCACCUGGGUUGGCUCCAGGACACAAGGAGAUGGCAAGACCUGGGCUAGGAGCCAUAUCAAGGUGACUUUGGGGACCACAGCCGUCCCCAGGUGGUCAGUGGUGUCUUAGCCCAGAUGUCCCAGCCCUCGGAUGGAGCUCUCCAGACGUUCCACGCCUUCCAUGGGCUGUUGGAGAGGGUGGAGCCAGGUUAGCUUGGCAGCUGUCCACCCCUCCCGCCCCUCGCCGUUGUCCCUCUGCCCCCAGGCUGGCUCCACCAGCCUUCAUCCUCUCUUCUUCGUUCUAUCCUUCCGAGAAGGCAGAAGAAACUUUGGAAAGAAGCAUCCAGCCCAGGGGGAAGCCAGGGGUUGGAGAAGGUGCUAGCUACAUCCCUCUUCCCAUCAAUAUCCAAAGUGUGGGGGAGGUGCCCACCCACCCGCCUCACUGUUCCACACACCAUCCCUACCACAGCCCUGGAGGAACCUGGGCUCCGCAAGGAGGAGGAGUCUUCCCACCAUCUGCCCGGACACACAGCCCCCACCCCAACCCCCAGGCCCCCAGGAUUGGCACCCCGCCCUCCUGUUCCCUCCCAACCCCUACGGCUGUGAACCACAGGACUGAUCACACGUGUGUUUUCCAUUGAAUUUAAUUUAAUGGACUUGCAGCUUCAUUUGUCAGUUGUGCGUUGGCCAUCUCCGGCAGCGGCAGGAUGUGAGUUGGCUGCUGGGCUCAACUCGAGGGCCCCCUGCAGGGCCCUGUAAGGUGGAGCAAAAGGAUGGUGGCUUUCCUGAGGUCUCCCUGAAAUGAAUGUAUUUCUUCCCCCAAAAGAGCUGAUAUUUAAUGUUUUAAUAGGGAUUUUUGAGAAACAAAUAACCUUAUUUAUAAUCUGGGUGAUCCAAUCAUUUUUUUACUCCCUUUUGAUGCCAUAGGUAGAGGAAAGUCUAGCUUUUUUGGCGUGAGACUUUUGCAACGUGCAGUGGGAUAAAAUACAUUUCCUGUUCUGCUUCAUUUUUCUUGUUCAUACACACACGCACGUGCACACACACACACACAUACACCCUUCCACUUAUCACUUUGGACAGGCAUCCCACCCCACACACUUGCACACACGUGCCCACACAUCCUCCUCCCAGCCCCCCUCCACCUGCCUAAUGUUAUGCAACCUCUUCUGAUGUAUCCACCAAACCAGUACUGAAUGUGGCCGAGUUUUCAGUAAACCUUAUU